AUGGCCGUUGAUGACAUCGUACGCCUAAACUCACCAUAUGGCGAUAUAGUUCUUCUCCCCUCCGCCGCACUGAGUUUUACUGGGGAUUCUCUCCUCGUUACUCCCGUAGUUACCUCUCUCGAUCCCAAGAAGGCAUCCAGAUAUGGCGAGCAGGAAGACAGCGCAGCAGGAGAUGGUUCAGACCAAACAGAUCGAAUAGCACCGCCUUUCUGGAAAACCCGUUCACCACCGCAACAACAACCAAAGCCUCAUGGAGCAAUUGACCCAAAUACAGUUAUCGGAGCAUCCUACUCCCACGCGGAUAUGGUGAGGACCACAUCGCCUUAUACACGACAGCACGUAUCGCCAAUGUUACCUCGUUCUAGCAAUAAUAGCCGGAGUAGUAGUUCUGCCCACUUGACCGAACCAGGGGGAAGCACACUACCAAAUCGCCAGCCGUAUGCAAGCUUAAUGGCACAAGUCGGUGAAGACUGGAGCCAUGAUGAUGACGGAUUCGAGGAUGAGCUCCUAUACGAUGACGAUGAGGAUGAAUUUGGGCUCCCCAGCGUUACGAAAAUGCGCAAAAACGCACCUGCUAGACCUCAACGCCAACUGGGGGUGAGCGAUGAGCGAGGUGGAUCAAAGAGCCGUUCAAAUGGCUCGUCAGCUCUAAAAUGCAAUUUAUCCCCAACGAGGUUACGUGCUAAUAGUUCUGAUAUCGCGGAGGAAAGGGGCAUCCUGAGCUACCCAACGGCGAAAAAGACUGAUGGCAAAAUUUUGCGUCCACAGUACAAGGAAAUAUUGACGGAUCCCGCAAACUCACUCCACUUGAUUAACCACUCACCCCCUCCAACAAAUGGAACCCCGAAACAGCUAGAGGGACACUCAAGCCGGAUAAGCAGAAUCAACAAAUUCAAACGCAUUCUCCAAGCAAGCACCGUAUCCCUUCCAGAACUUCGCGACCUCGCGUGGUCGGGCGUUCCUGAUGAAGUCCGAGCGAUGACUUGGCAGCUGCUAUUGGGAUACUUGCCAACCAACAGCGAGCGUCGCGUAACAGCUCUCGAGAGAAAGCGGAAAGAGUACCUUGAUGGUGUACGACAGGCUUUCGAGAGAGGGAAUUCAACUGUUGAUAGGCCCAGUGGAGCAGGUUCCACAUCGGAUGGUGGGACCGGAAGAGGCUUGGAUGAAGCUAUCUGGCAUCAAAUCAGUAUUGAUAUCCCUCGUACAAACCCUCAUAUCCCGUUAUAUGGCUACGAGGCGACGCAAAGGUCGCUGGAAAGAAUUUUAUACGUAUGGGCUAUUCGACAUCCCGCGAGUGGAUAUGUACAGGGGAUCAACGAUCUUGUUACACCAUUCUGGCAGGUCUUUCUAGGGACAUAUAUUACGGAUCUUAAUAUAGAGGAGGGGAUGGACCCAGGACAAUUACCAAAAGCUGUUCUUGAUGCUGUUGAAGCUGAUUCAUUCUGGUGCCUAACAAAACUUCUCGAUGGUAUCCAAGAUAACUAUAUAUAUGCCCAACCAGGUAUACACAGACAAGUUGGAGCGCUCCGCGAUCUCACGAUGCGGAUUGAUUCCACACUGGCAAAGCAUUUGGAACAGGAGAGCGUUGAGUUCAUGCAGUUCAGCUUCCGCUGGAUGAACUGUCUUUUGAUGAGGGAGGUCAGCAUUCAAAACACCAUACGCAUGUGGGAUACAUAUAUGGCCGAGGAACAAGGCUUCUCCCGAUUCCAUCUUUACGUGUGUGCGGCGUUCCUUGUCAAGUGGUCCGACCAGCUCCUUAAAAUGGACUUUCAGGAAAUAAUGAUGUUCCUCCAAUCUCUUCCGACUAAAGAUUGGACCGAAAAAGAUAUCGAGCUUCUAUUGAGUGAGGCGUUUAUUUGGCAGAGCCUGUUUCAAGAUUCGAGUGCCCAUCUCCGGUCCAGCGCUGGAACGCCCUCUGGUCCAGGGUGACAGUGACGGAUUUCGACUUUUACUCCGGCACUUGCAACGCGCCAAGAUAGAAUCAGGUGUUCACAUAUCUAAAUUUUUGAGCCGCUUAAGGAUUGUUGUUUUCUUUCGGGAGAUCAACUGAAAUGGAUACCCUUCUGAUUAAAGGCCCACAAGAGUUUGAGGAACUCGCCUUCAUCACACAUUCGUGCGCGUUUGUCUGCAAGGCCGGUUUCGUCCUCGAGAACCUGUCUGACCUUCUCUCGGACGAGUUCCCGUACUUUCCCUUUCCUUUUGCGGGCUGGAUUUUCUUUGGAGGCAUUCAAAUUAAGUUUUGGCUCCUCGUCUGCAAAGAACUCCGGCACAUCCCCACCGUCAUCGUCGAUGUCCAUAGCGCUGCCCAAUUCUUCUUCCUGUUCACCUGGGUCUUCGAUCGUGUUCACGGAUUUAUCCUCGGGCUCUUCUGCUGGCCCAUCUUCGACUGGAAUAUUGUUCUGGGCACACCAUGUUCGAUAAUUCGACUCCAGCAUGUCGAGUACACUGGUGGUACCAAGGAAGCUGGAUCUCAUCGUCUUAUUUUUCCGCACAAAGGCAACUCUUAAAAGGCCAUCCCAUUCAUCAUAACUGAUUUGUGGGCGUGGGUUUUUGGGAACAAUGCGAACCACACUGGAUUCAACGGCGGGCGGCGGUUUGAAGUUAUUCUUCCCAACUUUCAUGAUGUGGUCGAUUCUUGCCCACAUCUGGGCAUUCACAGAUAAACGGCUGUAGAGCUUAUCGCCAGGUUUGGCAAAAAGGCGCAUUGCGAAUUCUCGUUGGAACAUGAGAAUGCAUACUCGUGGUGCAGGGUUGGUAGCGAGGAGUUUAAAGGUUAGAGGAGAGGAGAUCUAAUAGUUAUCAAUCACAUUGUUAUGAUCACAUUCUGUCCAAAGGCUCAUGAUAAAAAUUAUUGAAGAUUUUAGCUUACCUGAUAAGGAGUGUUGCUAAUGCAGACAUCGAAAUAUGGAAGGUCGGUUUUGAUCACAUCGCCUAG